CCCUCCCCACCUGUAGGUGGCGUCCCUGCCCCUGCCCGCCAUCCUGGCUGCAGGCCAGCUGUGGGCUUUGCCCUCCAGGAACUCCAGUUCUGGGUCGCAGCCCAGCCCGGGCCGGCUGUGGUGCCUUUUGUCCCCUGCAGACCCCCAGCAUCCGCCUGGGCCCCGAAUGCUGCUGUCCACUUUGGUCCACCUUGCUCUCCCCACUUGGGCCCCAGAGCCCAGACCCAGGCCUACAGGCGUCCACUGGUCAGCCUGUAGCUCUAGGCUGCUGGGGACAUGUGCUCACCCCAGGUCAGCAAGUGGGUGGCGUGCAGCAGGGCUGUCCCUCCCCCGCACGUACCAGGGGUUCCUGGGCCCCCAGUUCCCACAGACUCCAGUUCCUGCUGCCAGCUCAGGUUUCAGUCCCUGGCAGCUGACCCAGCCCUGGCCAGCCAGACCCUCCAGCAGCUGCUCCCCGCCCCAAGCCUUGGGGUUCUCGCCCCCCACAUGGGAACAGCAGCCCAGUCUGGCUGCCCCCGACCUGCCCCCAAAGCCUCUGCCUGAUGCCAACCCUAGGCCCGGACACCUGGUCCCACCCCAAGACCCACUGGCACAAGGCUGCUUGCUCUGGUGCCUGCUCCCCAGUUGCUGUAGGGCACUAAGACAGGGCACUUGCUCGAGCAUUCCCCGGACCCUCUCUUUUGGGUUUGGGGGUUAAGGGUGUCCGCCUUUCAGCAGGCCCCAUUGCACUGCGAGGGUGGGGAGCUGCUGGGAUUCCUCUCCCUCGCUGUUUGCUCCCAGUUUCCUUCACUGAGCAGCUGGAGACCCUAGUGUCAGCGUGGCUCACAUUGGCCCCAAGAGCCUUGGCUUGUCCUGGGGGGUCCCCAGGCGCCCCAGCACCCUGUACCCCUGGCGCCGGCCACCUGCACUGGGCCGAGUUCGGAGAGCCUGGGUCAUCCCACCCAUUAGCGUGUCAGAGAACUACAAGGGCCUGCCCUACAUGCUGGUGCAGAUCCGGUCCGACAAGCGGCAGCCAGGCGGGGUCAUCUACAGCAUCCAGGGCCCCGGUGUGGAUGAGGAGCCCCUGGGCCUCUUCUCUGUGGAGAAGUUCUCAGGGCGGGUGUUCCUCAACGCGGAGCUGGACCGGGAGAAGACGUCCUCCUACAGGCUCAAGGUCUUUGCCCUGGACCGGGGAGGGUCUGUCCUGGAGGAGCCCACUGACCUGGAGAUCGUGGUUGUGGAUCAGAACGACAACCGGCCAGCCUUCGUGCAGGAGGUGUUCGCUGGCCGCGUGCUGGAAGGCGCAGCCCCAGGCACCUAUGUGACCCGGGCCGAGGCCACCGACGCCGAUGACCCAGACACAGACAAUGCGGCGCUGCACUACUCCAUCCUGGCACAGGGGAGCCCCGAGCUCUUCAGCAUCCAUGAGCGCACGGGCGAGAUCCGCACUGUACACGUGGGGCUGGACCGUGAGGCGGUCACCACGUACAACCUGACGCUGCAGGUGGCAGACAUGUCUGGACAAGGCCUCAGUGCCACAGCGUCGGCCAUCAUCUCCGUGGACGACAUCAACGACAAUGCCCCUGAGUUCACCAGGGGCAAGCUCCUCAUGGAGGUCACAGAGGCUGUCAGUGGAGUGGAUGUGGGGCGGCUGGAGGUGGAGGACAGGGACCUGCCUGGCUCCCCCAACUGGGUGGCCAACGUCACUAUCCUGGAGGGUGACCCCGAGGGACACUUCGGCAUCAGAACGGACCCCAGGACCAACGAGGGUGUGCUGUCUGUGGUGAAGCCCCUGGACUAUGAGAGCCAUGCACACUAUGAGCUCAGGGUGUCUGUGCAGAAUGAGGCCCCACUACAGGCAGCACCCCCCCGGGCCCAGCGGGGCCAGGCCACAGUCAGCAUCCGGGUGCAGGACGUCAACGAGGCACCUGUGUUCCUCGAGAACCCGCUGAGAACCAGCCUGGCAGAGGGGGCACCCCCCGGGACCUUCGUGGCCAGCUUCUCUGCACAAGACCCCGACACCGUGCAGCUGCAGAGGGUCAGCUACUCCAAGGACUAUGACCCUGAGGACUGGCUGCAGGUGGACGGAGCCACUGGCCAGAUCCAGACGCGAAGGGUUCUGAGCCCGGCCUCCCCCUUCCUGAAGGACGGCUGGUACCGGGCCAUCGUCCUCGCCCUCGACGACGGCUCGCCGCCUCGUACGGCCACCGGCACGCUGUCCGUGGAGAUCCUGGCGGUGAACGACCACGCGCCUGCACUGGCGCCGCUGGCGGCUCCAAGCCUGUGCAGCGAGCCGGAACGCGGCCCCGGGCUGCUGCUGGGCGCCACUGACCAGGACCUGCCGCCGCACGGGGCGCCCUUCCGCUUCCGCCUCAGCCCCGCCGAGCCCGGGCUGGGCCGCAACUGGAGCCUCAGCCACGUCAACGGGACCCACGCGCGCCUGCGGCCGCGGCACACUCUCCCCGAGGGCCUGCACCGCCUCCGCCUGCUGCUCCAGGACUCCGGACAGCCGCCGAAGGAACGCGAGCAGCCGCUCAACGUCACCCUGUGUCGCUGCGGGCUCAGUGGCGCCUGUCUGCCCGGGGCCGCGGCGCUCAGGGCAGGGGGCGCGGGCCUUGGGCUGGGCGUGCUGGCGGUGGCGCUGGGGAGCGCUGCGGUGCUGCUGCUGCUGGUUCUGCUCGUGCUGCUCAGAGCGCGGUUCCGGCAGCGGUCGCGGGACAGGAGCCUGCUGCGCGGCCUGCAGGACGACUACCUUCGGGACAACAUUCUCAACUACGACGAGCAGGGAGGCGGGGAGGAGGACCAGGACGCCUACGAUAUAAGCCAGCUGCGCCACCCCUGGGAGCCAGUGUUCCCGAGCUUCCCCCCGGGCCGGCCGCCCCUACGCCGCGAGGCCCCCUUGGGCCGCGGGCGCCCCCAGCCGCCCCGCGCGCCGCCCGCCAGCCCCGCGGACAUCGCCGGCUUCAUCCGAGACGUAGGUGCCGCUGGCGUCCGCACGAGGGCGCGCGCACAGGGCCUGCAGGCUGCGGACUGCGACCCCAGCGUGCCGCCCUACGACACGGCGCUCAUCUACGACUACGAGGGGGAAGGCUCCGUGGCGGGGACGCUGAGCUCCCCCGUGUCCAGCGUGGGCGAGGAGGACCAGGACUACGACUACCUCCAAGACUGGGGCCCGCGCUUCGCCCGACUGGCGGACCUGUACGGACACCCGUGAGGCCGGACGGGGUGGGGCGUGGGCCCUGCCCCGGCCCUGCCCCGGCCCCCACACGAAAGCGGCGGUUCAGUCCGGGGCAGGUGGGAGGACUGGAGCCAGACGCUGAGCCAGCUGCCGGCGGCGCCCGCCUUUGGCGCCCCCUGGUGGAUGCGCCGUGUGUGAAUCUGAAUUUAAAAAAACGAGCCCCGUUCGCCUGACACGCCGAGUGCCACACUGACCUCGCGGGGCGCAGUCCUUGCCCCCAAGAGUAGGGUUUCUCAAGGCAGAAAGGGGCCGGAGCCGCCUCCAGGCCCAGGGUCGGGGGCACAGCACGGGCCCUGCCAGGCAACGCCAAGAAAGACCCAGGAAGGUGGCCAGAUACUAGGGCUCCCUUUAUCUUGCACUCCUGGCCAGGCGGCCCGGGAGAGCCCCCUGGGGGACAGCCCUGGCUGUGGACACGCUGUCUGCCCCGCCGGAGGCUGCCCACCGUGGCUCCCCCAGCUCCUGGGUGCCAUGGGGCUGUGGCUGCCAUCUCAGUGGGAGGGCCGCAGAAGGGGCAGGCGGUCCUGGGGGCGGUCGGCAUCCUCCAGCGACACAGGCAGUGCUCGGCCGCAGGUCUCGGGCAGCAGCAGGAUACAGAGCAGGGCGAGGAUGGCCACGGAGGCCAGCACCGUGUGCUGCAGGAAGAAGCCCCGCUGGCCGGCCAUCUCCGUGAGGGGCGCAGCUGCCUGGCCCAGGGACCUGGCGCCCAGCACGAGGCCCAGCGCAGCGCCCCUGUGGGGAGAGGAGGUGCAGCUGGUGGGCCCAGACCAGGAUGGAGUCCCAGGAAACCCCGCGGAUUCUGUCCUGCCAUUGGGAGCCAGAAAGCCACUUCCCUGAGCUCUGCCUCCCUGGCUUGGCACCCGCAGGACGCCACAGGGUUCAGGAAGGUGAUGUGGGGACAGUGCUGCCGGGCAGAUGCUGCUCACCUGAUUACCGUGGGGCAGGCCUCAGCCACAAAGAGGCUGCUGAGCACCGACAUGGUCUGGGAGGCCAGGAGGCCCAGGACCGACAGGGGCAGCGAGAUCCAGCCUGGCAGGUCUAGGACAAAGGACAGGGUUGCUGGACUCUCCACAGCGCCUGCCCGGCCACACAGGGCCUCCCUCCCCGUGUGGGCACAGCUGUCCCAGGCGCACACCUACCCCACCCUGCAGCCUGACGCCAGCCUGGCUGAUUCCAGGGGCUUCUUCGUGAUGGGUCACAGUGCAGGGACAGUGGACACCAGGCUGGGUACCUCAUUUCCUGCUACUUCUGCAAUUCUGAGAAUUGUCCCAAAAUUCUGAGUACUUUCCUUGUGUUGUUUUGUAUUUUGGGCAGUACUGGAGAUUAAAGCAAGGCCCUUCACACAGA